AUGGAACCCUUCAAAGCCUAUCAGCCAGUUCUUAUAGUAAUCAUUUCACUGUUAAUUUCAGUUCAUGGGCAGAUUAGUACACCAUGCACAACCACAAUGCUUAGCACCUUCACUCCAUGCUUGAAUUAUAUUACUGGGAGUACGAGCAACGGCUCAUCACCAACAGGGGACUGUUGCGGUGCGCUGAAGUCGUUAAUGGGGACGGGCAUGGACUGCGCUUGCCUAUUAGUAACCUCCAAUGUUCCUGUCCAACUUCCCAUCAACAGAACCCUUGCUCUCUCUCUCCCUAAAGCAUGUAAAAUGGGGGGUGUGCCACUACAAUGCAAAGCCUCUGCUAGUCCUUUACCUGCCCCAGGUCCUUCCUUGCUAGGACCAACUCCUUCCCCAACAUCUGAUUCUCCUUUUAGUCCAAGAGCUUCUAAAGCAGUAGCAACAGCUCCUACACCAGAAUCUGAAGCAGACUUUCCAUCAGAUGAACCUGAAGCUCCGACAACUGCGAUCAAUCGACCAGUGCUGACGCCAUCUGCAGCCUCUAGUCUAUCAUUUGUUUCCCCACAGCCUCUGCUACUCGUAGUUUUAGGAAUCAUGGUUUAUAAAUCCUACUAG